AUGGCACCAUCAGCUAUUCCUGUUGAAUAUACUGACGGGAUUGAAGUGAAGAAACUAGCCCAGACCAGAGAGCCAAUAAAAUAUUCUGGGUCUUUGGACCAAUACCAAACAGUCGAUAUCACUCCUGUGAUUGGUACCGAGUAUCCCGACGCCAAUAUUGUCGAAUGGAUCAAUGCACCAAAUGCUGACGAGAGUUUGCGAGAUCUGGCCAUCAAAAUCUCUGAGCGCGGGGUCGUUUUCUUCAGAGCACAGAACAACCUGACGAACGAUGUCCAGAAGCAGCUUAUUCAACGACUUGGCGAGCUCACUGGCAAGCCUUCAACAUCGAAGCUCCAUAUACACCCGAUCUUGAAUUCAGAGCGGGAGCUUGGGGGUAGCGAUCCAGAGAUUAGCACGAUUAGCUCAGUGCAGCAUGACAAGCUGUAUAAAAAGACUGAUUAUGACCAGAGCAAGAAGAUCCAGAGCAGCGCUCUUUGGCACAGCGACAUCGCUUUUGAGCCUGUUCCGGCUGACUACACUUCGCUCCGCUUGACACAGCUACCUAGAACGGGUGGAGAUACCCUAUGGGCGUCGGGUUAUGAGAUCUAUGACCGAAUCAGCGAGCCAUAUCAGCGCUUCUUGGAGACACUGAGCGCAACUUUCGCGCAACCAGCCUUCAACGAAGUGGCUGGAAGGGGCGGCUUCUCGCUGUACGAUAAGCCAAGAGGAGCUCCUGAGAAUGUUGGAAGCGAGCUUAAGGCAAUCCAUCCAGUGGUUCGGACCAACCCUGUCACAGGAUGGAAGAGUAUCUUUCCCGUCGGUGGUCACGUGAGGCAUAUCAAUGGUCUCACUGAGCAGGAGAGCAAGAAUAUCCUCGAUUGGUUCCUUGAGUUGGUGUACAAGAACCAUGACUUGCAGGUGCGAUUCAAGUGGAAGAACGAAAACGACGUUGCAAUCUGGGACAACCGCAGCGUUUUUCAUUCGGCCACGUUUGACUACGAAGGAGAGGGAGACCGAUUCGGUAAUCGAGCAGUUGGACUUGGAACGUGGCAUCCUCUCGGCCGAGUUACAGGGGGCACCUUAUAUCCAGGUCUCAUGGUUACCAGCGGCGUUAUCUAUCAUGUUCUUCGACUCCUCUCUCUUCCUGUCGAUAUAAGGAACAUCUGUGUGCUACUCGCACCUGCAUUUUCGGGAUUGACAGCCCUCGCAAUGUACCUGCUUACAUCCGAAAUGUCAGCUUCUCCAUCAGCCGGCCUGCUGGCAGCAGCUUUCAUGGGCAUCGCUCCGGGAUACAUCUCUCGGUCAGUUGCUGGCAGCUAUGACAACGAAGCCAUUGCCAUUUUCCUGCUCGUUUUCACCUUUUUUCUCUGGAUAAAAGCAGUCAGAAACGGAUCCAUCCUGUGGGGCGCACUUGCGGCCCUCUUCUAUGGCUACAUGGUGUCCGCUUGGGGAGGAUAUGUCUUUAUAACCAAUCUCAUUCCGCUUCAUGUCUUCACGCUCAUCUGCAUGGGUCGCUUCAGCUCAAGACUCUAUAUCAGCUACACAACCUGGUUCGCGCUGGGAACACUAGCUAGCAUGCAGGUACCGUUUGUGGGUUUUCUACCCAUCAGAAGCAGCGAUCAUAUGUCUGCUCUUGGGACUUUCGGAUUGGUACAGCUUGUUGCAUUUGCGGAAUUCCUUCGGAGUAGAGUGCCCGGCAAACAGUUCCAGACCCUGCUUUUUGGCGCCGUCCUUGCUCUCUUUGUAGUAGCUUGCCUGGGCUUGGUUCUGUUAAGUAUUACUGGCAUCAUUGCGCCUUGGAGUGGACGUUUUUAUUCGCUUUUCGAUACCGGAUAUGCCAAGAUUCAUAUUCCCAUCAUCGCGUCGGUUUCGGAACAUCAACCCACGGCCUGGCCAGCUUUCUUUUUCGACCUGAAUCUACUAAUCUGGCUCUUCCCUGCUGGCGUCUAUAUGUGCUUCCGCAAUUUGAAGGAUGAGCACGUGUUUGUGGUGAUCUACGCCGUGAUGUCGAGCUACUUUGCUGGCGUCAUGGUUCGAUUGAUGUUGACCUUGACGCCGAUCGUUUGCGUAGCUUCGGCUCUUGCCUUGUCUCAUAUCCUUGACACCUAUAUGGCGGCCGAUACGCCUGCUGCACCGAAUCAAAAUGGAUCAGCGGAUGCCAGCAGCAAGGGCGCAUCCAAGUCGGCUUCGACGAUGGCAUCUCUACGCUCGAUGCGUAAUCCUCUUGUGGGAAUCUACUCCUCUGUUUCCAAGUCCAUCAUCACAGCAACGACCACCGCAUAUCUAUUGCUUUUUGUGCUGCACUGCACCUGGGUCACUUCAAAUGCAUACUCGUCUCCGUCCGUGGUCCUGUCCUCCCGGAUGCCUGACGGCUCACAGUAUAUCAUCGACGACUACCGAGAAGCAUAUUAUUGGCUUCGCCAAAAUACGCCUCAAGAUGCCAAAAUCAUGUCGUGGUGGGAUUAUGGUUACCAGAUUGGUGGCAUGGCUGAUAGGCCCACUCUUGUUGACAACAACACUUGGAAUAAUACUCACAUUGCAACGGUCGGGAAGGCCAUGUCGUCACGGGAGGAAGUAUCAUAUCCCAUCUUGCGUCAGCAUGAUGUCGACUAUGUCCUUGUGGUUUUCGGCGGUCUGCUUGGUUACAACGGUGAUGACAUCAACAAAUUCUUGUGGAUGAUAAGAAUUGCGGAAGGCAUCUGGCCCGAUGAGGUGAAGGAGCGAAACUUCUUCACCGAAAGAGGAGAGUAUAGGGUAGAUGACGGCGCAACCCCUACGAUGAAAGAAUCUCUGAUGUACAAAAUGUCCUACUACAAUUUCAAUUCCCUCUUCCCAGCGGGACAGGCACAAGAUAGAGUUCGGGGUGCUCGACUCCCAGCAGAAGGACCACAGCUCAGCAUACUCGAAGAAGCUUACACAAGCGAGAACUGGAUUAUACGGAUUUACAAAGUCAAAGAUCUCGACAACGUAGGCAGGGAUCAUGCGAGCGCAGUGGCAUUUGAGAAAGGCCAUAAGAAGAAGAGAGCAGCGAGACGGAGGGAUCCAAGCGUUUUGAGAGUGGAAUAA